AUGGCACCACUAGUCCAGUCACUCAGCCAGUUGGCCGUUGCCAGCUUGGCCCUCAUCACAACCACUCAAGCAUCACCAGCCUCAAUCCCCGAGCGAGACUCAAAAGUCCCUCUACGUAUCAUGCCCCUCGGCGCAUCCAUCACCUACGGCGAGCAAUCAUCCACGGGCAAUGGCUACCGCAAUGACCUUCACAACCUCCUCACAGACAGCGGCUACACCGUCAACAUGGUCGGGUCUCGCAAGCACGGUUCCAUGAAGGACAACGAUGUCGAGGGCUGGCCGGGCUUCCGCAUCAAACAGGUUCAAUCCAAGGCCCAAGCCUCUGUGCCCAGCCGUCUCCCCAACGUCUUCACCGUCAAUGCCGGCACAAACGAUUGCGCUCAGAACAAACAGGAUGGUGCCGGACAACGAACGGACGACCUCCUCGAGUAUUUGUGGAAAGCCUCCCCUGAUUCUACAAUCAUCCUGUCGACACUCCUCAUCAAUCUUAAUUCCACUAUCGAGGCUCGCGCUGAGAAAGUUAACAACCAGAUUCGAGAGGUCGCCAAGCAAAAGGCGUCACAGAAGAAGCGAAUCGUUCUGGUGGAUAUGCAUGCCGACGAUGGUCCUCAAAAGGGUGACAUGGCACCUGAUGGGACGCAUCCAAGGGACGCGGGAUACAACAAGAUGGCCAAGAUUUGGUUCCGUGGGAUCCAAGAAGCUGCCAGCAAGGGGUUCCUCAAGAAGCCCAAGCCACUUCCUGGUAAUUAG